AUGGGACAAUCACAGGCCAAGUCUGCAAACGACCAACUCAAAGAUAACUUACAAGAUUCCCCUACGGUGGAAACUUCUGUGGUCACUGAAGCAACUUAUACUGUGGUUGCAUCCGACUCUAAUGCUCACCAUAAUUUUAACUUACCUUCCAUACAAGACUCAUAUUCGCAAGGUAUUAUUUCAAAUUCCGUGUAUACUGGUAUAGAUCUCGGUGGUACUCAAACCGAAAAACUUGUUACUUUUACUUCUGAUGGCAAUAAUUUUAUGGAAUUAAUGGAUAAUGGUAUUGAUGAUUUUUCCUCAGAUAAUUUUACCAUUUGUCUAACUAGUUCUACAACUAUAGAUUUUACAAACAAUUCGCUUGCGAGUUCCCUCGCAGGCUUGACAAUUCGUGACAACUCUGAUAACAGACCUACAGCUUCGGUAGUGCAGGCUACGAGUAUUAAAAAUUCUAUUAAGGAAAAUCAUAAUGGACUAUCGACAACAGUUGAAGAUAAUAAUAAUAUUAUUUUUAGUCAAAUUACAAAUGAUAUUUCAACUACAAAUAUAGGAUCAUCCAUUGCAUCAAAUUUAUCUGAUUCAAUACAUAAAAAAUCUUCUAAAGAAAUAAAAUCAACUUUAGCCGAUGAAGCAGAAUAUACAAUACCUCCUGCUAUUGCUGAAGAUGUCUUACGAGAAAUGUUAGCAAAUAAACCGAGUCAAGAUUUAUUGGAAGAAUUAGAACCACCACCUGUAACUACAAACGGUAAAGGUGAUAAUUCAUCCUCUAAAUUUAAAGGCGAUUCGGUAAACCAUGAAAAAAUUGGUGAGUCCUCUGAACCGAGUAAAAAUAGCGUCAAAAAGAACAAUUUGUUAAUCUCGUCUGGCAUGACAGAUUCCCCUUUUCCUUCUAAAUUUACUUUUCCAAAUAUUGCGGAUAAAAAUUUCUUUGUACCGAAUUUUUCAAAUCAACCCGUUACCACCACUCCUUCUUCAUUUUCUUUCGGACAUUCUUCCGAGUUAUCAUUACAAAAUCCUUUGAAUCCUUCCAUUUCUUCUUCAAAUUCUAUCAUCACUAAUAUUUCACAACAAAAAGAUCAUCAACGACGCGUAACUCUACAAUGGCAUCCCCCGGUAUUAGAUAAAUUUUCACCCGUAUUAUCAUCAAAAGCACCUUCAAUAACGAUGCCUUCAAGUUCGAUGAUAUGGCCACCUUCGAUUAAUACUACUUCUCCGACCGAUACACAAUUUUCGAAUUCUAAUUUAUUAUUUCCACAGUUUACUGGUUCUUUUAAAUUUGAUAUGAACUCAAAAAAUAAUGUUAUAGGGACUCAAGGAUCUUCUAAUAUUCCUUCACCUUUGAUCCAUCCCACUAACAACGAUGACAAUAAUAAUAUUACUACUAAUACUGCGACGGUUCCUAUGAGCUCUGAUUCUACAAAUGUUUUAAAUGCACCACUAACAUUAUCUUCCACUGCAUCGACAUCUCGAAAGGGAAUACAUCCUAACGUUGGUGUAGGAAGAUCAACAACAUUAUAUGUACCGACAAAAUCGCCGAUCAAAACUGUUCCAAAUUCAAGCGUUAGUAAUAAUAAUGGAAAUAUUAAAGCACCCCUAGUAGUUUCUCCGCCAUCCAAGUUACCGAUGAAAUUUGGUGACAUAAGCAUAUCUAGUACAUCAUUAACAUCUGCAGCGGCGUCAGCGAAAGGAAUCACAAUUAAUGUUAAUAGUUCUAAUAGUAACUCAUCUACAAUACAAACGACACCUCCACCUAGAGGAUUUAUUCAUAAUGCGACGAAUGCUCCCACUCAGAGACAAAUAAAGGAAUUACCGAGAAGGGCCAAAUUUCGUCCAAUAUCAAAGGGCAAUAGUUCAAACGAUGAAAAUAACAAUAGCAAUAACGAUGUAGUUAAAAAUGAAUCCAUCGGGAAUGGAGGAUUUAAUAUAAAGAGCGAGAUAAUUGUGCCCUCAUCAUCACAACCAUCUUUACCUAAACGAAAAGCAUUACAAACAGUUGGAGGUAGUUCAACUACAAGUGGAGGAGUAGGUGGUGUGAUGAAAACUUUAACGACAAAAGAACGUGCAAAUCCACUGAGGAGAGUUGAAAGACGAUCAACACAGCGUAGUAAUGUUGUAAAAUUGCCAUCUAGUAGUGAUUCUAUGUUACCAUUUGAUAGUAAAACGGUCAAUAAAGAAUUGGAUGGCAUGAGACCACCACAAACCACUUUUGAUUUUUCAUUUAAAUCAAUUUCUGAAAAAUCAGCAGCUGCAGCUGCAGCGAGUGUGAAUGCGGCUAGUGCAAAACGACUGGCAGCUGUUUCACCAAUACAAACGAUGAACGCAAAGAAUGAUCCAUUUUCUUCAUCGUUGUUCCUUCAACAAACACCAUCAACAAUAACAACUGUUGCUGUACCUAGUAAUACAAAGAAAAAAGUUUCAACAAAACGAGCGGCUCCAUCUUCGGCAUUAUUCAAAAAUGAAGAUUUAAUAUCAGCUAAUAAUAAUCAUGUACAUCCACAAUUUGUAAAGACAUUAAAAGCAUUACCACAACCACCAAUACCGGCAGCCACACCCAAAAGGUUGCCUAAUGCUGAUAUUCAACAUAUUUCUAAUAAUAAUGCAACAAGGCGUAAAAUAAAAUUUCCAGAAAAAAAUGGGGAUUGGAUUUGUAUGUUUUGUGAAUAUAGGCUUUAUUACGGAGAUGGAAGACGAUUGAGAAGACGGCCGAAGAAUAACAUAAAUUCUAAUAAUGGAGAUGGUGGCGGAGGGUUUAAUACACCAAGUGAUGGAGGAUUAACACCGGACAAAGCUCUGGCGACGUAA